GUUCCAGGUUAUCCAGAGUGGUCAAACGUUAAGUUUGACCUCGAUCCUGCAAUUUACACUUAUAAACUUUCAGAAGAUUAUAGUGCUGUGGAUAAAGUGAUGUAUGCCACAGUUAACAAGGACAUAUCGAAGAAGAAAGAUGCAAGACAAUACAAAAACAACAUAACAGCUGGUAAUUCAAAUGAACAAAAUGGGAACGAGGAGGAAAUGAAACUGAAAAUAAGAAAGCUUAACAUUCUCGUAAAGUACCUGGUUCACAUCUUAAAGAAGGAGAUAGAUGCAAAGGAUUUAAAGGAAAAAUCCAUCAUUCAUUCUAAAUCCCUCGGAGAACAUUUCACAGAACCAGUUCUACAGGAUCUUUACGGAGUUGAGACAACCGAUGAUUACAGUAGGCUGGACAUGUCCUUGGUAUUUGUUUUGUUAAGAAACUUUUGUGUAAAUAUCAAACCACCAACGAGAGGCUGGGACUAUGAACCUCCAGAGGACGAAGAAACAGUUGGUGCUGAUAUUGAGAGGAUACGUUUUAUGUGGAAUAGAUACUGUGAUAAUAACUAUGAAUUUAAGUAUUUAGAUGGUGUGUUUGACAGGAUGAAGAAUAAAUACGGAACUUUAGCUGUUCAGAAUGAUCUACUAGAAGGUUUUUUGGGGGUAGAAGAAAAAAUACAGAGUAUUAAGCUGAAUCCAGACUGCUGUGUUGAGAAAGGCGUCGUGGUGACUGGAGGGAUAAAGGCAGCAUUUCAGCUUCUGGAAAUGGGGAAUGUCGUAAUCUGUAAAGGAGCUAUUGGAUGUGGUAAAACGCAUGCUCUAAAAGCAAUCGAGAACAAAUAUAUAGAGAAAGGAUGGAAAGUAAGAUGGAUGGAGGAAAACUUACUUCCUCUAGAGAAAAAUAUGGAAGAUAAAACGAUUCUGAUUUGUGACAAUCUUUUUGGAAGUUUUGGUUGUAAUAUAUUUUCCCCAAGUAGAAUAUCAAGUUUUGAAAAUUUACUGGAGAGUGUGCGUGAAAAAUCAAGGCAUACUAAAGUUGCUGUUGGAAUCCACCAACAUGUAUUUGAUGAAAUCAUCAGAAUUCAUCAUCUAAAACUCCUUCAAAAUAAAAACAUAACAGUUGAUUUAGACAAACUAACAAAGUCAGAAAUGCUGCUUAUUUUGAAAGAGCAACAAAAAGAGGGUCACUGUAAAACAGAUCCAAAUUGUUGGUUUAAGUAUGUUGACCUCACACUUGUGAUUGAUAAACUCAGAGAAAACCCGGGGCAUAUUGGAAGCCCGUUUCUCAGUUUGAUGUACUGCCAUCAUCAUGAUUUGUUUUCUGAUGAAGCGUUCACCAGAGCCCCUCUUCAGUCAUUAACACAACGUUUUCAGAAAAUGGGAAAUGGUUCAGUUGACUAUUCCAGUCUUCUGUACUUGAUGUGUGUUAUAGAGCACAAACAUGGGGAUGUGUUACCCAACUGGGUAGGUACACUUGAUGCAUUUUUAACCAAAGAGGCUCUUCAUAAUGUUGCUAAACUGUCUGGAUUUGUCAGAGUUGUCAACGGGCUUGAAACACUUCGUCAUGAAGUCUUGACAAUAGCAUUAUUCAAAGCUGCUGCUUCUGUAGAAGAAGUUUUCUUACCAGUUGUUCAGCAUUGUGAAAUAGGAAUUUUACUUCAACUGACAAGACCUGCUGAAAGUACAUGUAGCUAUGCCAACAGUGAAUUUGAUUACAGAUUUGCUUAUCCACAGAAAACCAAACAUUCCAUUAGAAUCAUUGGCAAAUACUUAGUAAAAAGAUUUGCAGAUGACUUCAACAGAGACUGGAACAGUAUGAAUCACCCUCUAAAAUCGCAUCGUUUAUUCAAAGAGAAAUUUCAGUAUUACGUUGAAUGUAAAUCGAAUGUUCCAAAAGAAAAAUAA